CAAAAGGAGCAGCAUGUCUCCAAAGACAAAUACUCCGUCACUGGAGCCUCCAGUACAACGUUCCUGCCACUGGUAUCUCUGCUGUCCGGACGUACAGCACACAGCCAGUGGAGAACAAGGAAGAAGAGCCCCUGCACACCAUCAUCAGCAACACGGAGAACGUGAAAGGUGAAGCCUCUAAACAUGAGUUUCAGGCUGAAACAAAGAAACUGCUGGACAUUGUUGCCCGUUCCUUGUACUCAGAAAAGGAGGUAUUUAUCCGGGAGCUGAUCUCCAAUGGCAGCGAUGCGCUGGAGAAACUGCGUCAUCGGCUGAUGGCAGAAGGGAAGGCCUUGCCCGAGAUGGAGAUCCACCUGCAGACAGACAGUGGAAAGGGAACCAUCACUAUCCAGGACACAGGUAUGGGGAUGACCCAGGAGGAGCUGGUUUCUAACCUCGGUACCAUUGCUCGGUCAGGCUCAAAGGCUUUUCUGGAUGCUCUGCAGAGCCAAGCUGAAGCAAGUAGUAAAAUCAUUGGCCAGUUUGGAGUGGGUUUCUACUCAGCCUUCAUGGUGGCCGAUAAAGUGGAGGUGUUCUCACAGUCUGCAGAGCCGGGGAGCCCGGGCUACCACUGGUCUUCAGACGGUUCAGGAAUGUUUGAGAUUGCAGAAGCAUCUGGUGUCAGAACUGGGACUAAGAUUAUUGUACAUCUCAAAGAAGACUGCAAGGAGUUUGCAAAUGAAGACCGAGUCAAGGAGGUGGUGACAAAAUACAGCAACUUCAUCAGCUUCCCACUGUACCUCAAUGGGAGAAGGAUUAACACCUUGCAGGCACUCUGGAUGCUGGACCCCAAGGACAUCAGCGAGUGGCAGCACGAGGAGUUCUACCGCUUCAUAGCGCAGGCUUACGACAAGCCCCGCUACGUCCUGCACUACAAGACCGACGCUCCCCUCAACAUCCGCAGCAUCUUCUACGUGCCUGAGCAAAAACCAUCCAUGUUUGACAUCAGCAGGGAACUGGGCUCCAGCGUUGCCCUCUACAGCCGCAAAAUUCUCAUCCAAACCAAAGCUGCCGACAUCCUGCCUAAAUGGCUGCGUUUUCUUAGAGGUGUUGUGGACAGUGAGGAUAUACCCCUGAACCUCAGCAGGGAGCUGCUACAGGAGAGUGCCCUUAUCAGGAAGCUCCGAGAUGUUUUGCAGAAGAGGUUGAUCAAGUUCUUCAUUGACCAGAGCAAGAAGGACCCUGAGAAAUAUGCCAAAUUUUUUGAGGACUACGGGGUAUUCAUGAGAGAGGGGAUUGUCACGAUAGCAGAGCAGGAUGUCAAGGAGGACAUAGCAAAGUUGCUCCGUUACGAAUCGUCCGCCCUGCCCGCAGGUCAGCUGACCAGCCUGACCGACUAUGCCUCCCGCAUGAAGGCAGGGAGCAGAAACAUCUACUACCUGUGUGCGCCCAACCGGCACCUGGCUGAGCACUCCCCAUACUUUGAGGCCAUGAAGAAAAAGGACAUGGAGGUCCUGUUCUGCUAUGAGCAGUUUGAUGAGCUGACACUCUUGCACCUUCGUGAGUUUGACAAGAAGAAACUGAUCUCGGUGGAGACAGAUAUUGUUGUUGAUCACUAUAAGGAAGAGAAGUUUGAGGAGAGCCACCCAGCUGCAGAACGUCUGACGGAGAAAGAGGCUGAGGAUCUGAUGGCCUGGAUGAGAAAUGCCUUAGGCUCUCGAGUCACUGGUGUUAAGGUGACUACGCGGCUGGACACCCACCCUGCCAUGAUCACUGUGCUUGAGAUGGGGGCUGCCCGCCACUUUCUUCGCAUGCAGCAGCUGGCCAAGACCCAAGAGGAGCGUGCCCAGCUCCUGCAGCCCACCCUGGAGAUCAACACAGGGCAUGCUCUGAUUAAGAAGCUUAACGAGCUGAAAGACAGUCAGCCUGAUCUGGCCCAGCUAUUGCUUGAUCAGAUUUAUGAGAAUGCCAUGAUAGCAGCAGGACUGAAUGAGGAUCCCAGACCAAUGGUGAGCCGGCUGAAUGAACUCCUCACCAGAAUCCUGGAGAAGAACUGAGCCCCAGAAGACUGAAGGAUGAACUCUUUGCUGAU